UGCGCAUACGAGCGUGUAGAGUUUCAUAUGGUGGCGGUAGUGCGUGUGGCUGUCGGAGACCCCUCUGUUAGUGACCGGAAAACAAAACGGCCGAGGUCGGGGCCGAAGUCCUCGACGAUGCAAAACGUUUUGCUCGUAAACCGACGACUACGACCGAUGCAACCAACAAACGCCCUAAAGAGAGAUACGCGCGUGGGUCUGACGCGACGCUUUUACCCUCUUGUCUGGCUGCCUCUGCCGCCGUGACGUAAUCCAUUCAAGCGCUUACUACGCAAUACGGGACGCGGCCAGCUCUCUCUUUCUCUUAUACUCUCCACUUCCUUUCUCUUUUUUUUUUUUUUCUCUCCACACUUCCCCGACCAUUUGUUCCUUUUCGCCCGUUACUCUCACCCUACGAUCCCGAGACCUCCCUCGUUUUUCCUUAUCACACCGAUAAUGGCGUCGCGAAGAAAAUCACUUUUCUCCGCAGCGUUGUAAUUACGUUCUGCGACGUGUGCCUUUCGUCCCUGGCACGUGUCCCUUGUUUCUUUCUUUCGUUCCGUUUUCAUCCGUUUCCUACCGGCGGCGCGCCGCGACACUCCUCUCUUCGUACCAAACGAUUCACCGAUUGACUAGUGUGCGUCCGUACGAAAUUUCGCGCUAGUGACACCACCCGCCCCUUUUCUUACAGUGUAUAGACUUUACUUCAGGACCAAUCGCAGGGAAUUGGGCCUUGGUUCAACGCGGCCAGUGCGUACGUGCUAGCGUGCAUGUCUCUCUACGUACUCUACGAUAUCUUCAUAAAAUAAGAACCAAUUCGAACCGCGCAAACCAUAGACAUGGUCGCCCAAGACGUUGUCUAGUUACGAGCAAAUAAAUCCCCAAAGGUAGGGCGCGAUCAAUGAAGUGUGAUCGUGAACGCGUUCUGACAGUGACACCGGGCGAGGCGGGUGGCGAAAUUUUUAACAAUCGAGAUUCCAUCGUGAAGUGCGUAUCAACAACCUGUUUGAAGGUGGGAUAAGGGGAGAGCAGGCCACGUUUGCUGGCGCUAUGAGGGCGAGGAAGUUUUUCAUCUUCAACAAGAAACUCUUCUGAAUCAAAGGGGUAGAACUCUCCAUAAUUGAUUAAGAAGAAAAAAAAAAAAACGAAACAACAAAAAUCUCGAAACUUUUAAAGAUCGCAAUUGGCGAUUUCCUUGACGAUAAGGGCGGAGUAUGAGGAUUGGUGAACAUUUCUUAAAACCUCAUCAAGUUCGCCGAUUACAGAGCUCUGUUAGAAGAACAGAAGGUUAGAUAAGGAAACGAAGGAAUCGGUUCGAGCGUAUUUCACGUGACAAUCGAGCUGGUGGAGUCUAAUAGAGUCCUGUUCGAGUGAAGCCAACCUCUAAACGAGGAUCGAUCGGACCGAUUAAUCGGGAGAGACUCGGUGUGCUGUGUGUUCGUGUGGAGGCGGUUGACACCGUCGUAGGGUGGGGUGUAAUUUCGGAAGGUUUCACGAUAGAGAGGCCUGGUCAAUAGGACAGUGUCGAUGAAACAAGAAGAUGACGAGGAUGAGCCGGUUGCUGCUGAUCGUAUUUCUCUGCGUCGCGACGCGGCUGGCCUACUGCCAGGACGACGGUUGGUCGAGGACGAAUUACCGCAACGACGACGGCAUUCAGGCCAAAUACGAGGCCGAUUAUGCGAACAGGAAGCUCGAGGACACUGGGUUACUCGUCGAAGACAAACACUUGAGGCACUGGGUCGACGGAGCUGGUUUUGACGAUCCGUUUUACGAUCGAAUAGUUUCCUACAGGAGCAACAGGGCGAUCGAUGCUUCCAGAUCGACGGAAGCAAACACGAAAUUGAGCCAGCAGCCGGGCCAACUGUCGAACCUGCCAAAACCGAGCACGAAAUCGAGUGUUAGCCGCGAAAAGACUCGUCGAUAUAAAAAUGUGACGAUCGGUGACGGUAUCUGCCAAAGCAUCGACAUAAGGAACAGCGUGUGGGCCUUCGGUAUCAUGAAGGAUUGCCACGUCAUCGAGGGUUUCCUGCAGAUCGUACUGAUCGAGAACAACUCCGAGAAGGAUUUUCAAAACAUCACUUUCCCGAAUCUCCGAGAGAUCACUGGCUACCUCUUGCUGUACCGUGUCAACGGCCUAAAGAGUCUUACCAACCUGUUCCCGAAUCUCGAAGUGAUCCGGGGCAAUAUCCUGCUCACCGAUUACGCUUUCAUGCUGUACGAGAUGCAAAAUUUGCAAGAGAUCGGCCUGAAGAAACUCACGGAAAUCUCCAGGGGCAGCGUUCGGAUCGAGAAGAAUCCGUCUCUUUGUUAUACUAACACGUUGAAUUGGGAUCUGAUUGUUUCCGUGGGGGAGAACGUCAUCAAGGAUAAUGGGGAGGAGGCCUCUUGUCCCGACAGCCCCGAAGUGUGCUCCCAUUGUCCUGGGGGAUAUUGCUGGACUUCCCAAUACUGUCAGAGAAUAAUGAAACCAGAUUGUCAUGAACAAUGCCUUGGUGAAUGCCGAGGACCUUCUGACAGCGACUGUUAUGUUUGCAAGCACUAUAGACACGAGGGAAAAUGCGUGGAAACUUGUCCUUCUCAUUUAUACUCCUAUCUCUCCAGAAGAUGCGUCACGAAGGACGAAUGCGUGCGGAUGAACCGUCUGAGAAGGGUCUACUAUUUCCUGGAGGAUGGACAAGCCUGGAGACCGUUCAAUGGAUCCUGCGUGACUCACUGUCCUGACGGAUACGAGGACGCGCUCGACGAAUACAACAUGACCACCUGUCGUGCCUGCGAGAAGAGCUGUCGGAAGGUCGGCCAUGGUGCUCUGAUACGUCACAUAUCGGACGCACAGAGUUUCCGGGGCAUAACCGUGGUGAAAGGUGCCCUGGAGUUUCAGGUUCGAAACGGCAACCCGAACAUAAUGAACGAGUUGAGCGACGCGUUUGGCCUAAUAGAGGAGAUCACCGAGUACGUGAAGAUCACUCAUUCAUUCCCCAUCACGUCGUUGGCUUUCUUCAAGAAGCUCAAGGUGAUCAAGGGAGAAAAACUGGAUAUAAACAACGCGAGCCUCGCGGUGCUCGACAAUCCGAAUCUGUCGAGCCUGUUCCCACCGGAACAGAAGAUCAAGAUCGAGCGUGGUCGACUGUUCUUUCAUUACAAUCCAAAACUGUGCCUAUCGAAGAUCGUGCAAUUCAGCAAGAUGGUUAACAUCUCGAACUUCACGGAUUUGGAGGUGCAACCGGAGUCGAAUGGCGAGAAAGUGGCUUGCAACAUCGUUAAUAUCAACAUCACCGUUAAGGAAUUGGGUCCUGAUUACGCGGACUUAGUCUGGGACAGUUACAAGCCUCCCGAAGGGCAACAGUUGCUCAGUUACCUAUUGAACUAUAUAGAGACGGAGAACAGAAACAUAUCCUACGAGGCGAACGCCUGUGGAGGGAACAAUACCUGGCAGAUCGUCGACGUGGACAUUCCGCAAUGGAACACUACCGUGUCCAAGCACAUAAUCAACUUGAAACCGUACACCAUGUACGGGGUAUUCGUGAAGACGUUCAUCGCGAAGAACUCUAACUACUUCGUGAACCCAGUCGGUCUGUCGGAGAUCAUCUUCUUCAGGACGAGGAGCACCAUACCUUCGCCACCGAUCAACGUGAUGACGGCAGCUUUGAGCGACACCGAGGUCCUAGUUCGAUGGGAACCACCGAUAUACACGAACGGACCGAUUGGUUACUACAUGAUCUCUCGCGCUAUGAUACACGAAGACACUGGUCUAAUUGCUUCUAGAGAUUAUUGUAACAACACACUGGAGAACGAGGUGGAAAGCGAGGAGCAGACGGUGCAGGAAGUGACCGUCAAGACUCCAGUGAUCAGUCUAGCCUCGUGUUGUUCAAAGAACCCCGCUAAUAGAAACAUCGUCGCCUCGAAGAAGUUCGAGAUAUUCUGUCAUCAGAACACGACUAUCAGCUAUAUAUCACCCGGCUGGAAGGACUAUUGCGUCUACAAUAAUUACAAUUCUAUGGUGGACCAUCAGUUCUACGAGCUAACGAAUAACCUGUCCACCCCUCGACCGGACGAGACGACCAAGAUCGACACCCAGUCGAACAUCCUCGAGGGUCGCGUGGACGAUGCUGCUUUUCUGUACAACGUCAGUGGUCAAAACAAUUCCUAUGUGAUCAAGAAUCUACGCCAUUACACGCGCUAUGUCAUCAGCAUAGCCGCGUGUGGCGUGAAAGUUAACGAGACGAACAUGUGUUCCUCUGUUCAGUAUAGCAACGCUAGGACAAAGAAACGGCGACACGCGGACGACGUGCGGAACGUAAGGGUCCUAGUUACCAACAACACCAUCGUCGAGGUGUCUUGGGACACGGUGAACGAUCCCAACUCCGUCACAGUCUCCUACACCAUCGAGUACACGAAUUUGGACGUGAAGGACGCGAAGAAGAGCACCGAGUGCAUACCCCAUAGAAAUCGAAGGGACACGUUCAACAGUUACUUCAUCAAGAACCUGAGUCCUGGCAAGUACAGUCUUCGAGUGCGUUCCACCUCGUUGGCCGGAGAUGGUGUUUUCUCCGACGUGACUUAUUUCUCCAUAGGCCUGACGGACAGUGCCCCGGUCACCCUGAUCGCGUUGCUAACCCUCGGUUCCCUCUCGGUGGGACUGUUCGUGCUGUUCCUGUCACUGAGGAACCAUCACAAGAGAAAGCAACAAGAAAGACUUAUAGCCAGCGUGAAUCCUGACUACAUCGAGACCAAGUACGUGAUAGACGAAUGGGAAGUACCCAGGGAGAGCGUGGAAAUCCUCGAAGAGCUUGGUCUGGGUAACUUCGGCAUGGUAUAUCGUGGGAUAUUCGACAAGACCACUUCAGUGGCGAUAAAGACCAUCUCGAAAACAGCUAGCCAGAGGGAGAAGAACGAGUUCCUGAACGAAGCUUCGGUGAUGAAGAAUUUCUCCACUUACCACAUCAUCAAGCUCAUUGGCGUGGUGUCCAUAGAGAACCCUCCGUUCGUUAUCAUGGAACUGAUGGAGAACGGGGACCUGAAGACGUAUCUACGUCGAAUUCGCGAUACCCAUCUGGUGCCAGACGCGUGUAAGAUAAUGAGAAUGGCGGCUGAGAUCGCCGACGGAAUGGCGUACUUGGAAUCAAAGAAAUACGUUCAUCGCGACCUGGCCGCGAGGAACUGUAUGGUCUCCAAGGACCUGGUGUGCAAGAUAGGUGACUUCGGUAUGGCGAGGGACGUUUACGAGACGGACUACUACAAAAUCGGCAGGAAAGGACUGCUUCCGAUCAGAUGGAUGGCACCCGAGAAUCUAUCAGACGGUGUAUUCACUUCGGACUCUGACGUUUGGUCCUUCGGGGUUGUACUAUACGAGAUCCUGACCCUGGCUGAGAUACCUUAUCAAGGCUUCUCUAACGAGGAGGUUCUUAGCCACGUGUUGCACAAGGGUACCCUCAACGUCCCACGCAGCUGUCCCGAGAACAUCCAGAAGAUCAUGGAGAAGUGUUUCAAAUGGCGACCCAGUGAUCGGCCGACUUUCAUGGAGAUCGUGUCGGAACUGGAGCCGUUCUUAGGGCAAGAUUUUUACGAGAAAUCCUUCUACCAUUCGGUGGAUGGCAUGGAGAGCCGUAACUCCGGCAUGAAGAAGCCGUACCACCACGCUGCGCCUAUCAGGUUCCACUGGGGUAACGAGACGGCCAGGUGGGUGAAGGAGUUCGAGGACAACGUGACGUUGCUCGAUCAGACAAAGGCUGGCACGAGCCGUGCCCGUAUCUUCAAGAACGGUUUCCAGCAUUUUGGUAAUGUAGCCAACAUGGAGGAUGUACCUCUCGAUCGAUGAGAUUAAUUCGUACACAGUUUCUCUCUAUUUGUACUGUGCAGAGAUGGAAAGAACAUUAGCGGGACGGUCCUAUCCCCGCAUUUGAUCCUUGCGUUUAAAGUUCUUUGUCACGCGAUGAUCUAGAAUGCGUGUGCCUGAGGUGUAAAUUACCGACUACGACGAAUCGUACCCGCAACCCUUCCGCUAAUAUUCUUUCUAUCUCUGCACAGUAGUCAAUUGUUGUGACGUACGCUUGAUCGGGACCCUCGCAAGUCACAAAACUCGUUGACGUACUCCAUGUACAAAACGAUACUCAGGGCAAUGAAUCGCGAACGAGGGUCCAACGAGCACGAGACAGACAAGAAGAUGGUCCGCCCAUUUCUUUUUUUUCCUUAACAUUUUUCUUUUUCUUUAUUCUUUAUACGACAUGCAUUGUUAAUUAACGAUGCAAGGACCUUGGCUCUCUCUUUCUCUCUCUCGGUACUCGUUGACAAGUAGGAUGAUGACGAGCGACUAAAAAAAGAGAUUUUCACCGUUCUUCGUGUUCGAGCAUACUCGUUUAAAGAGACUAAGUAUGCGAGCCUAACCAAAAGCGUCAGGUGUUCAGAAUUUUGUCUGUUUUUUUUUUUCCUAUGAAGCGUAACCAAAAGCUCUAACUUCUCGGCCAUGCGAGUCUACGAACUGUUCAUUCCUUGGAAGGGUUAUCUACUGUUUUUUUUUCUUUCUUUUUUUUUUGUCGUUUUCCCUUGUUUUGUCCUUUCGUGAGGAUUUUCUGUUUCCUAGAGUAGCGGUAUCCUUGACUAUUUUAGAGCCACGCGUUUCCGUUUAACCGUAGCCUCGUAUUACGCGAAAGAACUGAUUAAUUAUAUAAUAAUAUACAUAUGUACUUGGUAUUGCGUUAUUCGUGCGGAUAUUAUGUACACAGGACUACAAUUGAAUUCUUUGUUAUUUCAUAGAACGUUCGUGCUUGCGUUCGUGGACACGAGUCUUUUUUCGUUUUUGUAUUAGAUUCACGUGUUCUUCUGGUGCUGUUCGCAACGCGGUCGAAUCUACUAAUUAAUAUUAACACGCUGAUUGAGUAAUUAAUUUUAUAACGCGUCGUCUAUGAUCCUUUGAUACCAUACAAAAUUAAUAUAACAUUAAUAGAAUCUUCUUUCUGUUAAUUAAUUAUAUUAAAUUUGUGGUGUCAUUCAUUAAUAACCCUCGUGGGUGAUUAAUGAUUAAUAAUAUUAUUUUUCAUUCAUUCACCAACGCCUACGGCUCUUAGUGAAUGUGUUAAUUAAAUUCAUAAUCGGUAUGUUAAUGAACUUAUUUUUUUUUUAUUAUUAUCAAUUGCAAGAUGCAUCUUGGAAGACGUUGCUAAACAACCGAACGUGGACCGAGUAACAAUGAAUUCAAUGUAUAAAAAGAUACGAUUCUCGGUGGAGAACGAGAGGAAAUUUACAGGUCGUAAGUACUUCCUUCGUCGAUCGUUUGUCCGAAGGUGUUUCACGGAGAACGAUCGAUCGAAUGUUUCUGUUCGUCGAACUUUAUUGUCGCGCUCCAUUGCCAGGUCAAAACUCGACGGAUCAGAAGUUCUAUAUACAUAUGUAUACAUAUCUACCGAUAUUCUUUCUCUCUGCAACUGGAAUUUCGCUUGGAGAGACCGUAGCAAUACCAGACAAACUUCUGUCCUGUACUUUGCAAUACUUCUAGGAUCACGAGUUUAGAGCCUCGUGCAUUCGUUUAUUUUUUAUACCAACCAUUUCGUGAACUUCAGGGAUUCAGACAAAUUUUUCUCGCGGUUUGGUGACUACGGGGUGUAAUUCUACUUCGAAGAAUCAAUCGAAAUAGUAAAACUAAUUUUUUGGGAUAAACUGAUAAACUUAAGAGUGUUAAUAAUUAAAAUUUCAAUCGUUCCACUUUUCAAUUUUUUUAAAAUUAAUUAAGCUCUCUCCACUUGGCAUUUUAUUAAUAUUACUUAAAAUUAUUUUUCUUAAUUAUUGGUAGCCAUUGCCUUGGCCCUUUGGUCCUAGCACACCCUGUUUUACAAUUUCGACAAAUUUCACGAAGGAGAACCACCCCUUAGAUUCAGGUGUACCAUGACCCACCCUAGUUACCGCACGAUGGCGGAUCGAUCAGAGUGUUCAUUGGGCAGCAGGAGUCGACAAGAAUUCGAAGAGAAAUAACUUGGGCGAUCUUCUUCGACCCCCCAUAAAUACACACAUAGCAGAGUUCCUUGUUACAUGCAUACCAUUCACACGAGGUGUGACACCCUGUACACGGUAUAUUAAUCUCUCGAACCGAAGACUAACUCCCUUCUUUUUUUUUUUUUUAGGUAGAAUAAAAUCUCGCACCUCGUGUUAAGGUAUCUUGUAGGUUAAUCUUGCAAUAAGCAUGCCAACAAUCUUUGCAAUAAGUACACGUAUAUGUAUAUUAAAAGGUAGGCACGAAGCUGUUAGAAGCAUAAUUAAGCAGAGAGAAUUCUAAGAGACGACAGAGUUAUAUCUCUAUUUUAUUCUAAUGAUAUAUAUAUAUAUAUACAUGCUAUGUAUACAUACAUUCGGAUAAGUAUUUUUACGGCGACCGUAUUUAUUCUUCGAUCGAUCGGAUACAGGGAGAGUUGAGCAGUACACUAUACACGGUAGACUACACAUGUACAUACUCAAACAUAAGAGGUGCGAGUAAAAUAGAUGGUCAAAUUUUGAUAGUGUGUUCUAUUCUUCCUAUAGAUGAAAUUUUCAUAGCGACAAAAAUUUGUGAUUUAUGUUGAUUCGAUAAUAAUAAAAUCACUGGCUUCUAUCACUGGAAAAUUAAUUAGCAGAAAAUCAAAGCAAUGCACAGCUUAAUGCAAAAUUGAUCAAAAUUUCGAUUUUUAGGAGGGGUAAAAUCUGCUAACGAUUGAUUCAUCUAUUUUCUCGUCACCUUGUAUAUGUGUACAUAUACAGAUCCACAUUGAAGUUCAAGGGAAACUUUUAUCGAGAGUUCGAAAGAGUCCACUGACUGGGAUUCUUAUUUUACAGACUGAUAAUAGUCUACUUUUUGAUUUUUCAUUCUUCUAUGAAACGGGUGAAUUGAAUUAGUCGUGGACAUAAAAACUUCGAGUUAGAAGCAAAUACUAGAGUGUACAUGGUGUUUCGUUUUAAUUUAUUUUUGUUGGAUAAUGGAAUUAAAAAUUUUUUAAUAACUGUGUGACUAAAAAUAACACAUUCAGUAUCGACGAUUAGUUGGAAAUUAAUUUUUUUAUAAAAUAAUGUAACUAAAAACCAUACACUCGUUUAUGUGUUACACUAUUUUUUAGAAUUUAUUAAUGAAAUAAUUUCAUUUAAAUACUUAAUAGGUUCUAACGAUACACUCUGUAUAUUCUGAACCAUAAACUGAAUCUUUCAUUUAUCUAAACGAAUUAGUUAUGAAACGAUUUAAAACAAAAGGAAAAGUUUUCAUGUAAAUACAUGUACAUACACGUACACGUACACACAUAUAUAUAUUUUAUUAUAAAAGGAUAGUUUCUACGUUUAUAUAUUUAAAUUAUUACAUUUCUCAUAUGGUAUUUAAUUCGUAACCGCGUCACUUUACCAGAUACUAAUUAUUUUACUAUUACACCUAGAAGUUCCUUUUAAUUUAGCAAUACGUCGAUUCAUUUACUUUAACAUCGAUAACAACUAUCUAUAGUUAAAUUAACGAUAGAAAUAAUUGAAAAAAAAAAAAUACACGAAAAGCAGGGAUAAAAUGAUUCGCGUGAUUGAAAGUCUGACCUCUGCUAUUGUACAGCAUCGAUCAAAGUAGACUUCCUUAAAGAAAAUGGUGUUACGAGGGAAAGCUACUAUGCUCCGUACUGUACACACUCUAUAUAUCUUUUUCUUUUUUUAUACCGAGUUUAUUCAACCCUUUGCACAUUCAAACGUUAAUAAUUGAGCACGCGAUAUCGAGUGACCAGCAAGGUGUUAAUAUAUCGUGGAGGAAGAGGUGUACAGUAAUUUAGAAAUAAUUCAUUAAAAAUGGUCACAGAUACGGAGGUAUUAUAAGAAUAUAAGAAAUUGGACGCGUGACGCUCAGUUCGUCGCGAGAAAAGAAAGAUACGAGAUAAUUUCAGACACUACUGGAAGUUCUUUUUCGCGUGAUUUUUUUUUUUUUUUUAGUUCGUUUAAAGGGAGAUUUUUUUUUCUUUUGUAUCCUCGAAGGCUAACAAAGAGGGUGACUUCACCCCCUGACGUUGAUGCCGUUUUCUCAACUAUUCCGUCUUUAUCUUCUUGUCCUACUAUACUGUGAUUCUAUAGUGCGAUGGGGUUUACCGAAUUUUUGCAGAACUAUGCAAAAUUUCAUUGUUGAAUUUUUUUUGAAACGUGGUUUGCGAUUGCAAGGCAUUAUAAAGAAGAAUUUUAAUACGCUUAUAGAAUUUCCGACUUGAGAACUCGCUAUCUUUUUAAUUAGAAACAUAUUUUAUUUUUUGUUUAUAAAUUUCCAAAAAGUAUAAAGUCUCAGAUGUUUUGCAAAUGUUCAGUAAAUAACGUCGAUUGCUAGAGAAUCGUCGAAACCAAGUCCUGAGAUGUUCACCAUCGCACACGUUUGUACAUAUGUGUUUGUGUAACAAUUAGUGAUAAUAACGUUAAAAUAACGAUACAUGCCCGUAUAGAACCGUACCUGAACAAUGUUGACCCGAUAUUUUGACAAUUUUCAUAAUUAUACGGAUGUGGUAUAUAGAUCGAUAAGAAAUGUAAACGUUCGAUUAGCAACGAUGCGUGUAUAUAUAAGGUGUUUUAAAAAUUUGCAGUGAAAAAGGAUUAAAAUAAAAAAAAAGAAGAAGAAGAAGAAGGGAUUGAAACAUAAAAAUUAGAUUUGAUUGCAGAUAAAGAUUUUUUAUCAAGUUUUUAAUUUCAACUUUGAGAUUCAAGAGAUUUUUAAUUCUUUUUUUUAAUUACAAAAUGACAAUAAAAGACUGAAGAAAUAAAAGUUCAUUCGCGGUGUCAAAUGUUAAUUUCGCGAUUUUUUAAAUUUAUACUUCAGAAUACUACUUUCUUUUUUUCGAGUGACACGAACGACCUAAUUUUAAUUAGCGUUAUUCGGUUGAAAUUUGAUUUAUUAUCGUGGAUCGAUCGCUUCAGAUACGGAUGGUUAAACGAAAAUCAUUCGCCGCUUUCCAUAUUCGUUCUAUCGAUCAGUAAGACAGAUUUUGGGAUACCUAGUUCCGUAUUCGAAAGUACGUGAAUUGUUAACGUUAACCUACUUCGUAUUUCCGAGAAAGUUCGUAAGAGCAAAUCUUUCGUUCCCGUUCUAUCGUUGUGUUCUAAAAAGGGAAGGAAAAAGAAAAUAUAUCGACCAGAUGUCACAAGAUAUUUCAAAUAAAAAGGGAACCAAUGAUAAAUGAAAAUUGAACUUUUGCAAAACGACGCUGGUGCAAAGAAUAAAAAAAAAAGAGAACGAGAGACUGGAAAGUAGAAAUAUCCACGAAAUCAAACGAAUGUACUCCUAAUGGGCAUUAAAAAAAAAAAAUGAAACAUUUUAUCUGUCGCGAGCUUCGUCGUCAAUGAUAGAAUAAUAUUUUUUACUCGUUGCAAUAAAUAGCGUCUAAAUCGUGUAAAUAAAAGAAACAUUUCAAAGUUUACAAGUAUAAAAUGGCGCAGAAAGGAAAAUGAAUAAAAUUCGCGUGAAAAAUUAUUAGAUACUACGUUUUAAAGGAAUUGAUUACGAAAAGAAGAUUAAAUGAUAUUUCGGGUCAGCAGAGGUGUUUGAUCACUUAAUUACUGUUCUAUCCGGGCGAUAUAGUAUUUAUUGUUGCCGCCUAGUGCCUGAAGGCAGGAAAUCGUUUCACGCACGUUUCCGGUUACGCGAGAAAACCCGGAAGCAUGUGUUUCCAUAGAUAAAAGGGGGAGAGUUUUUCGUUGGUACCAGCUGAUCAGUGCCGUAACUAGAAAGUGUUUCUUUUGCUCGUGAAAUCGUUUCGAAUCGUCCGACUUGUUUCUUAUUUAAUAUUUUAUCUCAACAAUUUGAAAUAAAAAUGAAAAUUCAUAAUUUUCACACGAGUUCUACUGUUACACAUUUUAGAAAAAUUUUGCAGUCAAAGAAUUAAAAUGAUAAUUCACCAAUGACCCUUAAGGUAAUUAACAAAUUAAUAAAGGGUCCAAUUAGCUAUUUUACUAAACAUUCUUAAAAAGAUUUCACAAAUCACAAAGGAUUAAUACAGUAUUUUUUUUUAUAAUUCUUUUUACAUUAUCCUUGAUUUGUGAGAGCAGUAGUUGUUUAUACGUGGUGCUUGGUCGUUGCUUGUUAAUAGUAAUUGUUCUAAUUACGGUACUGAAACGUGUCCAAGGUGCGUGUUUAACGCACAAAAAAAAAGAAAAAAACGCACGUUUCGUGCAGCAGAAUUUUCAAUGGACUGACAACUGAAGACUUAGUUUUAAAUUAGAUGUAUCGCGUCUUUUAUAAUGUAAAUAAAUAAACGUAUCGUGUUCGACACGCCUGUUCGCGAUGUGCGUGAUACAGGAAUCGUGUGCGUUUUAGAGUAAAUUUUUAUAUAAGUUUUGUCUAUGAGUUUAAAAAUAUAUAUUGCAAUAAUUUAAUUUCAUUAAAUCGGGACGAACUUUCAGUAGAAAUUCAAGUUUGAUUCGAUCGGUAGAUUUACUUAAGUUCGAGUAUUUAAUUCUUUUUUUUUUUUUAUUGAUUUAAGUCGAAUUUAUAAAUUAGAUUAAAAUUAAAAAUAUCGAACAAAAAUUCGUUUCGAACUGUUUGUUUAAUAGAAGAUUUAAGUUCGAUUAAGUUCAGGGUAUAGUUAUUAAGUUUACGUUAAAUCUAGUAUAUUGGGACCUUUAGUACUAAAUUCAUUUAUUUAGAUUAAUCUAAACUGUUUAACAGGAAAUUUAAUUGAUUCAUCGAAGAAGAGUAUAAUACACGAAAUCUUGCUUCCUGGAUCACGCACCUGGUAAGCUAAUUAAAUUAACCCUCGACCCUAAAAUGAAAUAAAAACUACGAAAUCACUCGCAAAAUGGUCGAUAAAGGAAAGUGUUAACGUUAAUUUCCAGUCGGGAGAGCGUGUAUUUUUAUCCUGAAUUAAGAUCUUUCAAUUCACCCCACACAUUUUAGCCCAAACUGACAAAAAAAUCUUUGAUUUAAUCUGUUGCUCUAUAAUUUUCUCUUUAAUUACACAUUUCAUAUGUCUUAGUCAGAAUCGAAUUGGUCUCCACUAAUGAAAGAUUAAAAGUAAAAUUCAAAAAUUUAUACAUUAUCACCUACCUUAUUUUCCAAUGAAAUUCUAUAAGAAAUUUUACCAAAAUUGGCAGUGUGUAGCAAAAUGGGUGAAUAACUCGAGAAACAGACACGCAUAGUCCUAUAUUUUCUACAUACCUUGUUACCCAUUAAGCGUAUGAUAAUUAAUCAAUCGAUCGAUUAAUUGAUCGAUUAAGGUACUCGUGUACUCGCGUUCGCGUAUUUCUAAUUCAUUUAAAUGAAAAAAAUAAAAACACAACGGUGUGAAAAGAGUACGGGUAUUCGCGGUUUUCUUCUUAAAUUAAUCAACGCGUGUUUAUUUAUACACAUAAAUUACAUUUAGGACUGUUGAAUAAUUAGAGUUUAAGCUUCCUUCAUCGAUAUCAAUCGAGACUCGUUUAUUUAGAGCAUAAGUUCUUUGAUUCGUUUAAGAAACAAAAGAAGAAAAAAAACAAAAAAAUUGUUUUAAAACUGAAAAUUUCAUUGACAAUGCUUCACUCGAGUACUCGAACCCCUGGCUUUACAAUUUUUUAUUUUAUUUUGUGGAUUAAGAAUUUUAAAAAUUUACAUUUUGCAGAGUGAAAUAUUUUGUUUAGACUAUUUUAGACUGAAAUUAUCUAUACUAUUUAUUUUGUCACGUUCAAUGUUGAUAAGGCAAGGGGUUAAAUGUUUAUUUAUUAUUUAUUCCGGAACGAAUGAGUGAAUUAUCAUAUUUCCCUUCAAUUUUAUUUUCGAAUUCCAUUGUCCGUCUUUUUUAAUUCAAACAAAAUUCAACAGCUUUCCCUGAGAAACGUAAUUCCUAAAUCAAAAAUUCCUGCCAUACCGUGUCUUCCAAGACAGAGACUAACGAGUAGCGAAUUAGUUUUUUAAUAUUUAUACACGGUCGUGUACGUAAGCCGUUGUUCGUUGCAAACUAGCCCUAGAUAUUAUACUCUAUACUGCGAAUACACCCCUAUAUUACUCUAUAAACUAGAAGGGAUGAAGGAGGAUAAUCACAUUCCGAAAUGGUGAAAUUGUAUCAUUCGUGUAUCUCUGUUAAAAAUUUUCGAUAAUCAAAUUUUAAUAGCCAGUCUCGAUAAUGGAUCUGCGAAAUUGUAUUACUUGCGCGUUAACAACCCUUUGAGGAUGAUAAACCCACAUAUACGUUCAAUAAAAUUCGUAUAAAUAAAAAUUAUAAAUUUAAAAUGUAUGCUUCGAAGAGAAAUAUUUAAUUAAAAAUACACAUGCUAAGCUUAGUUCCCAAAGGGUUAAAAUAUAAAAAAAAAAAAAUGUGAAAGGGCGAGCAACGUAAAACGGAUUGAGUAAAACGACUGCACCUCUGUAACCCGUAUAAGUUAAUAAGUUAUGUCGUUUACCCUGCUAAGAGAAAGUUACGAAUGUAUGAAAGAGCGUGAUUGAUGUAUCUGAUUGUGUGCAGUUGAAAAAAAUAAGCGCGAGUACUUUUUUCGGUGAAAAAGGAAUAAGGAAGAUCGUCGUCGUUGAACGAUAAAAAAAAGGAAAAACACAUUUUUACAUUCUGAUAAGAUACGAUUUUUAGCAUCUGUAAGAAUUUCUCUGUUCGUGAAAGAAGGCCGGAAAUAUCGAAGAUGUUUUUCGAACAAUUUUUCAAUAUACUUUAAUUUACCGUAAAAUGUACCGUAAAAGUUAGUGUUGUACGAAUUUUUUAAUUAACAAUGCAAUUUUUUUUUAAUCUAAAUGGUUUCUUUUCUCUGUUGUGAAAAAGUUGUUUGAAUGCCAAAUCGAACGAAAUAUUGUUUAUAUAGAAUCUUGUUUGAAAGAAGAAAUCGAGUGUAAUAUUUCGUCAAACGAUGAAAUUUUCAGUUUUCCUUGAGAAUAGGUACGAAAAAAAAUGUAUAUUUUUGUAUCUGUUUGUUUUGCGUUCGAAACUCAACUUCUUCGAUUUUGUAUUUCACGGCGUUCACGAUACACGUCACACCUAAUCACACAAAUGUACAUACUUACAUUGCACUAAUUUUAGUAUUGCCGCUGAGUAUUAUAACUAGUCACAUAAGCCAAAAGUUUGUUACUCUCGCAAAGUUUUCUUUUUUCUCAGUUUUGUAAUAAAGGAGGAUGAGU